AUGGCAAAGAAAGGAAGCUCAAAGUUGAAUAUUGCUAUUAUUCAUCCUGAUCUGGGUAUAGGUGGAGCUGAAAGACUAAUUGUUGAUGCGGCUGUGGAACUUGCAUCCCAUGGGCAUAAAGUUCAUGUUUUCACAGCGCACCAUGACAAAAAUCGCUGUUUUGAGGAGACUAUUUCUGGUGGUUUUGAUAAGCGCUUGAAGGAAAAUGUUGAGUACUUGGAGGAGCUCAGAAGUUUAGCGGAAAGGGAAGGAGUGUCUAGUCAGGUAUCAGUCAGAAAUAUGCUUCAUCAGAGGCGAAACAGUGAUCGUGAAGCUGUUUCUGAGGAUGAUUGCCUGCGUGCUAUAAGUAAGUUGAAGGAAGGCCUUAGACGAGUGAUUGGCCCCCAGCCCCAAAAGAAUACAAAUAAAUCUUGUGAUCCUAUGGUCUCAGUAGAAGAGGUAUUGGGUAAUGGUUUUGAUGUGAUUUCUGUUGGAAAGCGAAAGCUUGUUCGUUCUGUUCCAACUGAGUUGAACAAAGACCAUAAUGAAAUUUUAGAGCUAGCCCAGGAGGGUCUUGCAAUGAUUGAUGAUCGCCACAAAGAUGGUAUUCGCCGAUGUUGGUUCCCUUGUGUAUCUUCCAUAUCGACUCCAGGAGGAGCUGACACUUAA